AUCUAGGAUUCUCUACCAAAUUCAGACUCGCUACUCUCUCUCUCUCUCUCUGAGACUAAAGACUUCAUUCGUUCAUCCAUCCAUAGACAUUUUCCUUUUUACGUCCCAUCAACUCUGCCUCUCUCUUUCUCUCUCCUUCACCGAAAACGCUCUGCUUCUCACGAUAAUACUGCAUCCAAAAUCCAAUUAAUCCUUUCUUUCCCGUGAAAGAUCCUCGAACCUGCAACUAGAACCAACAACAGCCCGAACUCGGUCCGUUGAUUGUAUUUUUCACAGAAGAAUUAAGAAGAUGACCCAGUUGUUCCAUGUAAAGCAAACCCCACAGGUUCUGUAACCGGUCAGAGGACUGAGAUAGAGAUAGAGUUGAUAGAAAAAGGCAAUUUGUUUUUGAUGGAUUCAGCUUCAGGAGGAGGCGCGGGAGCGUCUGACCCGAAUGGUACAGAGGGUCCGGCAGGAGGAUCGGGAGAGGUCGGGUCAACGGGACCUCCACCGCCGGCGCCAAGCCGCUACGAGUCCCAAAAGCGCCGCGACUGGAACACUUUUUUGCAGUACCUCAAGAACCACAAGCCGCCGCUGACACUGGCUCGGUGCAGCGGCGCUCACGUCAUCGAAUUCCUCAAGUACCUCGACCAGUUCGGGAAGACCAAGGUCCACAUCGCCGGCUGCCCUUACUUCGGGCACCCGAACCCCCCGGCGCCGUGCCAAUGUCCGCUGAGGCAGGCGUGGGGCAGCCUCGACGCCCUCAUCGGCCGCCUCCGCGCUGCCUACGAGGAGAACGGCGGCCGGCCGGAGUCCAACCCCUUUGGUACCAGACCCGUGAGGAUUUAUCUCAGGGAAGUCAGGGAAAGCCAGGCCAAAGCGAGAGGGAUGCCUUACGAGAAGAAGAAGCGGAAAAGGGUUUCAGUGGCUGCGAAUGUUCCGGUCGAGGGUGGCGCCGGUAGUAGUAGUGGUGGUGGUGGUGGUGAUGGCGGCGGCGGCGGUGAGGGCAGCGGCGCCAGUGUUGCUGCCACUGUGGCCACCGCUACUGCUACAGCAACUACAACAGUAUAGUUUCCACUAAUUUUUGUUUCAUUUUCUACUUCUUUUCUUCUCCGAAGCUUUUAAGUAGCUGCUCUUUAAUUAAUGUGAUUAUGAAUCAGCAUAUAUAACUGGGUCGACCCCAAGAACAAAAUUUUAGUUGCAGUUCUCUUCUCUCUUAGAAAGGUAAAUCAGGUUUCAACAUUAACCUCUGUAGAAGAUGAAGAAGAAGAAGAAGAAGAAGAAGAUUAAGAAUAUUUGAAACAAGUUGAAAUCUUGAGGACAACUUUCUUCC